CUUCCAUAAACCCUAGUAGCGAUAUUCCAUUCGUACUUCUAGCAAUGAAACCCUUCUUAUUUUUUCAACAUCAAUCCCCAAUACGAAGGGUGAAAAUCCAAUUCACGUUGUUUUCACUAAACAUGUUGCUUUUUGCGCGCAGCAUCAGCGGCAAGGCCUCACUGCGAGUAAGCUCCUCCUAUUCCUCAUCCCUUCAAAACCCUUUUACCCUUUUCUCUUCUCCUUCAUUCCCCUCCUCUAAAAAUUCAAUUUUUGCUCGCCCUAUGAUUUGGUUCACCAGCUUUCUGUGUGUUAUGAGAUGCCCAUUUGUCUCUAAAUCUUCAUUUGAUGACAUUGCUUCUGAAUCAAUGCGUAGUUUCUUGCAACAGGACGGUCCCCACAUGUUUGAUUCGGCGCCGGCACCCAUUUGGGUGUCUAUGGUUUUGGAAAAGCUGAAAGGGGACCCCAAAUCCGCCCUUAAGUUCUUCAAGGAGGCAGGGGCUCGAACCGGGUUUCGCCAUGCCGCGGAAUCUUAUUGCGUUUUGGCUCACAUUUUGUUUUGUGGGAAAUUUUAUCUUGAUGCCAGAAAUGUAAUUAGGGAAUGGAUUUUGUUGGGGAGGGAGUUUCCAGGGGUUGACUUCUUUGAUAUGUUGUGGUCUACAAGGAAUGUUUGUAGGCCUGGGUUUGGAGUGUUUGAUACUUUGUUUAGUGUUUUAGUGGAUUUAGGGAUGCUUGACGAGGCUAGGCAAUGCUUUUGGAAGAUGAACAAGUUUAUGGUUCUGCCAAAAGUGAGGUCUUGUAAUGAGCUUCUUCACAGGUUUUCAAAAUCAGACAAAGGGAAACUGGCUUUAAGUUUUUUCAAGGACAUGCUGGCGGCUGGCCUCGAGCCUUCGGUUUUUACGUAUAAUACAGUGAUAGGUUGUUUGGCCAGAGAAGGGGACUUGGAAAUUGCUAGUAGUUUGUUUGAAGAAAUGAAAGGUUUAGGUCUUAUGCCGGACAUUGUCACUUAUAAUUCUCUCAUUGAUGGUUAUGGGAAGGUAGGGUUAUUAACCAAAGCAGUUAUUGUAUUAGAGGAAAUGAAAGAUGCUGGAUGUGAACCAGAUGUGAUAACAUACAAUUCUCUUAUUAAUUGUUUUUGUAGAUUUGAAAGAAUUCCUAAAGCAUUUAACUAUCUGCAUGAGAUGAAGCAGAGACAAUUGCAGCCAAAUGUUGUGACUUAUAGUUCACUAAUUGAUGCAUUUUGCAAAGCAGGCAUGAUACUGGAAGCAAAUAAAUUUUUUGUUGACAUGAUACGGGUGGGUCUUCGACCCAAUGAGUUUACAUAUACCUCUCUGAUUGAUGCAAAUUGUAAAAUAGGCAAUCUCAGUGAAGCGUUUAAAUUGGCAAGUGAGAUGCAGCAGGCUGGGAUUAACUUAAAUAUUGUCACCCGCUCUGCAUUACUGGAUGGUCUUUGUGAAGAUGGAAGAAUGAGAGAAGCAGAAGAAUUAUUUGGGGCAUUGUUGAAAGCUGGAUGGACGCUUAAUCAGCAGAUUUAUACUUCCCUUUUUCAAGGAUAUAUCAAGGCCGCUAUGAUGGAUAAGGCCAUGUAUAUUUUAGAGGAAAUGAACAAGAAAAACCUUAAACCAGAUGUGUUGUUGUAUGGAACUAAAAUAUGGGGCCUUUGCAAACAAAAUAAUAUACAAGAUUCUGAGGCUGUAAUUCUAGAAAUGAUGGAUUGUGGUCUGACAGCUAAUAGUUAUAUAUAUACAACCCUUAUGGAUGCAUAUUUUAAGGUUGGGAAAACCACAGAGGCUGUUAAUCUAUUCAAGAAGAUGCCAGAAUUAGGUAUGAAGACUACAGUGGUAACAUAUGGUGUACUAAUUGAUGGUUUAUGCAAAAAAGGUUUAGUUCAACAGGCUCUUAGUUACUUUGAGCAAAUGACUCUAACGGGUUUGCAACCUAACAUCAUGAUUUAUACAUCUCUGAUUGAUGGUCUCUGUAAAAUUGAUUGUGUUGAAGAAGCCAAGGAGUUGUUCAAUGAAAUGCUGGAUAAGGGAAUCAGUCCAGAUACAUUAGUUUACACUUGUUUGAUUGAUGCGUACAUGAAGCAUGGAAAUCCCAAAGAAGCUUUGAAUUUGCGAAAUAAAAUGGUUGAAACAGGUAUUGUGCUAGACCUGCAUGCUUAUACUUCACUUAUUUGGGGUUUUUCUCGUUAUGGUGAACUACAACAGGCAAAGUCCUUCCUAGAUGAGAUGCUCAGCAAAGGCAUUAUUCCUGAUCAAGUUCUCUGUAUUUAUGUAUUGAGAAAGUAUCGUGAACUAGGAGACAUCAAUGAAGCUCUGACACUUCAUGAUGAUAUGAUGAGGAGGGGCCUAAUUUCCGGGACUAUUGACGUAACAGUUCCUUCUGUACACAGUUGAGGGAUAUCAAGUUGUUUACUAUCUAGAUUCCUUCAUUUUAUACGAGUGUUCAAUAGCAUUAUUGAAAUGAAUUUAUGUAUUAUUAUAUAAAGGCAACUGGGUGUUCUGGUUGACGCAAUCUCAUUCUCAAGACAGUGGAUUGUCUAUGAUGUAAAUCCCGAGGUUUUGGGACUCGCACAUCAAUAAUCAUGUUCUCAUGUGAUAAUCAAGACAACCAUAACGUGAUGUUUUCCUUGUAUGAAACCAAUUGGCGAAUAUAAUAACUAUGCAUUCCUUCUACAGCUGUGUUACAACAUUGCAGAAGCUUAGUGCUUCCUAAUCAGGCACUGAUUUUCGGAGAGCAGCAAACCUUUAAGUGGCGGAUGUAGAAAAGUUCAGCGAUAGGGGGAUGCCCUUUUCACCACUUAGAUAUGCAAGGCUGAUUGUCAGCAGUAUAUUAUUAUCAGGUUGUUCACUUGUUUGGAAGCUGAGUCGUGAUAUGCAACUGAUACGGUCUCCUUUCUUAAGCUUUGUGCAAGCUGCUUCUAGAUGGCACCGAUCCGAAAUAUCUAGAGCUAUAAGCUUGUGAAUCUUCAAUGGGUGGACGUAUAUAUGUAUUCAGGUUUCUCUUCUCUCUCCGACCUUGUAGCUAACGAAGACAGAUACAGUCUAAAUAUCAGGUGUAUAUUUGUAUUUAUUUAUUUCUUUUAUUUUUUUGGCAUUGAAAAGCUUUGGGCGUAGAAGAGGUUGUCUCGUUUCAAGGUUACUAGAAGGAUGUUUUACUGUCGUACCGACAAAUAACUUGCUAAUAAACGAGAAUAGACCACCAUUUUGGUUCCCGAAA